AUGGAGCGACACAAGAAAUCAACAGCGGCGGCGGCAGACCUACCCAAGGCGGAACCCGCGCGGGCGCAGCGGCUCGGGUCGCACAGUCAGACAGUCGAGGAGGAUGCGGCAGCACUGGAGCGGCUCGGGCACAAGCAGGAGCUGAAGCGCAAUUUCUCCAUGGUCUCGAUGCUCGGGCUCGCCUUUGCCAUCCUCAACACGUGGACCGCGCUCGCCGCGUCCAUCUCGCUCGCAUUGGCCUCGGGCGGCGCCAGCUCCGUCAUCUGGGGCUUGGUCGUCGCGGGGAUAUGCAACCUGUGUCUGACCGCCUCGCUCGCCGAGUUCCUCUCGGCCUACCCUACCGCCGGGGGACAGUACCACUGGGCGGCGAUUGUGUCGUGGAAGAGGUGGAGUCGCGGGAUCAGUUACUGCACGGGUUGGAUCAAUAUGGCUGGGUGGGUUGCGCUCAGCGCAACGGGGCCGUUGUUGGGGAGUACCUUUGUGGUUAAUGUCAUUGCGCUGUUCAACCCGGACUACGAGGCCAAGGCGUGGCACCAGUUCCUUAUCUACAUUGGGUUUACGCUCUUUGCCUUGGUGGUAAACGCCUUCCUUACACGCCUGCUGCCGCUCUUCACCAAGGCUGCGUUUAUCUGGUCGCUGCUGGGUUUCGUUGUCAUUAGCAUCACGGUUCUGUCGUGCGCGUCGCCAAAUUAUCAGAGCGGCGCGUUUGUCUAUGGCAAUUUUCUCAAUGAGACGGGUUGGCCGGAUGGUGUGGCGUGGCUUCUGGGCUUGCUGCAAGGGGCGUUUGGUUUGGCAGGUUUCGAUGCAACGGUGCACAUGAUCGAAGAAAUCCCUCGGCCGCAGCUGCAAGGGCCGCGCAUCAUGCUCUACUGCAUCGGCAUCGGCAUGUUCACGGGCUUCAUCUUCCUCAGCUGCCUGCUCUUCGUCGUCGCCAACAUCGAGGACGCCAUCGAAGCAUCGGCUGGACCGCUUCUCCAGAUCUUCAUGGACGCCACCAAGAGCCGUGCAGGCAGCACAUGCCUGCUCAUGUUCCCCCUGAUCUGCAUGCUUUUCACGACCACGACACUCAUGACCACAAGCAGCCGCAUGAGCUAUGCUUUCGCGAGAGACCGGGGAAUGCCGUUCAGCUCUGUCUUUGCCAAAGUCCACCCCUUCCUCGACGUGCCGCUCAAUGCGCUGCUGUGGACGACGGUCUGGGUCGUUGUUUUCGGGUGUAUCCUGCUGGGCUCGACCAGCACGUUCAAUGCUAUCACGUCGGCCUCGGUGGUUGCUCUUGGCGUCACCUACGCCAUCCCGCCGAGCAUCAACGUCCUGAGAGGGCGCAACUUGCUGCCGCCUACGAGGGUGUUCAAGCUCCCUAGUUGGCUAGGGUGGAUCUGCAACCUAGUUGGCAUCGCCUGGACGAUCCUCACGACCGUGUUAUUCGUGUUCCCGCCGACUCUUCCCGUUACCCCCGACAACAUGAACUAUUGUAUUGUUGCAUUCGGCGUGAUUUUGCUCAUCUCGUGCACGACCUGGAUAGUCGACGGCCGCAAGCACUACAAAGGACCGAAGGUGGAUAUCUAUGCCAUGCUUGAGGGCAAGGCCACUGGUGACGGCGGGGAUCUGUUGCAACCUGAGUGCGGAACCGCUGAGAAAGUUCAAGUUGAAGGGCCGGCCGCUGGUUCGGAGGUCAUGUCCAGGUAG